AUGUCGGAUAUUGAUAUGAGCGAUAAUGACGACGAGUACCAGAUGGAGUACACGUCAGAGUCGGAUUCAGAGCCAGAUGUUGAUCUUGAAAAUCAGUACUAUACCGCUAAGGGGCUAAAAGAAAGUGGCGAAAUCGACGAAUCUUUAGCAGCAUUCGACCGCGUUCUAGAGCUCGAGGAAGAGAAAGGCGAGUGGGGCUUCAAAGCUCUGAAGCAAAAGACAAAAGUCAACUUCAAAAGCAAACGCUACGACGACAUGCUGAACUCAUACAAACAACUGCGAAGCAGCUGUCAAACAGAAUCGGGCGAAGAGGACCUAAAAAAGGGCACCCAGCUGCUAGAAAUCAUCCAAAUCGACAUCCAAAUGAGCACUCUUCGAAAAGACAACAAGCGACUGAAAUUCCUCUACGAAAAGAGUAAAAGCAUCAAAACAGGCAUUCCUCAUCCGUUGACGAAGGGGAUAAUCCACGAGUGCGGCGGAAAAAUGCAUCUUUCUGAAGAAAACUUCGCCGCCGCGCACACUGACUUUUUUGAAGCCUUCAAGUGUUUCGAUGAAGCUGGUUCGCCAAGGCGCAUUUCUUGCUUGAAAUAUCUUGUUCUCGCGAAUAUGCUCAGUUCAUCGGACAUCAAUCCGUUCGACAGUCAAGAAGCAAAACCAUACAAGCGCUACGAUGAUAUCAGCGCGAUGACAGCUCUUCGAGAAGCGUAUCAGACGAACGAUAUCGAAGGUUUCCAGACCAUCGUUGCAGAUCCAAAAUCACAUGACGCAAUCAUGGGCGAUCCUUUUAUACGAGAACACAUUGAAUCCCUUCUGAAGCUAGUCCGCACGCAGAAAUUGACCAAGCUCAUCAUCCCUUACAAAAGGAUCAAAAUGUCUCGAUUAGCAGAAGAGCUAAAAGUCAACCUUGAGGACAUCGAAAGGCUGCUUGUAAACUGCAUCGCUGAGGAAAUCAUCGACGCCAGAAUCGACCAAAAGAACCUGCUCGUCUUGAUGAACGAAAAAGAACCAGAUCAGGAAAGAUUGAGAGACACGGGCUUCGCGAGCUGGGGCGCGAACAUAGCCGAACUUAAUAGAAACAUUGAAUAUUAUCAAAGAAUGCCAACAGCGAAAAAGUUCGGCUACUGA